AUGAAAAUCCUAAGUUGGAACUGCAGAGGGUUGGGGAACCCUCGGGCAGUUCGAGCCUUGUUAAGGCUCAUUCGGUUAGAAAAUCCCAUUGUAGUCUUCUUAAUGGAGACUCGUUUGAAAGUAGCAGAAAUGGAAGGUUUAAAAUUUAAAUGUGGUUUCAGUUGUGGGCAAUUUGUGGGCUGUAGUGGAUCAGGUAAGGAAAGAGCAAGGGGGUUAGCGCUGUUAUGGAGGGAUACCUUGAAUGUUAUGAUUUCCUCUUAUUCUUUGAAUCACAUUGAAGGCCAUGUAGAAGAUGAGGAAGAUGGGCAGAACUGGUACCUCACUGGUGUUUAUGGUUUCCCACAAGAACAUAAUAAGUGGAAGACUUGGCAACUCAUUCAACAACGUCACAGGAAUGUGGGAGAGAGAUGGCUGUGUUUCGGGGAUUUUAAUGAUGUCCUAUCUGUGAAUGAAAAGUGUGGGGGAAAUGAUAGAUCCAUGGGGCAGUUGAGUCUUGGACGACAUGCUGUUGAAUUAUGUAGGUUGAAUGAUCUAGGAUUUGAAGGGCAUCCUUUUACUUGGUCAAAUGGCAGAAUGAAUGAUGCAAAUAUCCAAUGCAGACUUGAUAGAGGAAUGGCAUCUAAAGCCUUCAUCAAUCGCUUUUCUCCAAUCAAAGUUGUGCACCUCCCUAGGAAUGGUUCAGAUCACGCCCCUCUUCUGUUUGAUUUAGAAGCUUGUACUGAUGAAAAUCAGAGGAGGAGAGUGCAUUUAUUUAGAUUUGAAGAGGCUUGGGUUAAGGAUGAUAGAUGUGAGGAUUUAAUUAAAGAAGCCUGGCGCAGAACACCAAAUCAAUGCACAGAGAAGCUGCAGACUGUUCAGACAAUUGAUGAGACUUUUAAGGAAUAUAGAACAUGGGCUGUUAGCAAAGAAAUAAAGAGAGUUGAAGAGCUGCUUAAAGACACCAAUUUUUGGUCAUCUGAACCGACAUCAGUUCAAGCUUACAAGGCACUAGUAAAGCAGAGAGACAACCUGUUGAGAACAGAUAAGGUUUUGUGGAGGCAGAGGAGUAGGGCAGUAUGGUUGAAGGAUGGGGAUAGAAAUACAAAAAUUUUCCAUAGCAAGGCCGACCAGAGGAGGAAAACAAAUGCAAUUAAGAAACUGAAAGAUGUCUUCGGAGUGUGGUGGAAAGUUGGUAGGGAUGUGAAGGCUCAUGUCAAGGAAAUUUUGAACCAUUCCAGGGAUCCAGAGGACAUAAACAAGACGUUUAUUGCUCUGAUUCCAAAAGGAAAAAACCCAGCUUUACCAAAAGACUUCAGGCCCAUUAGUCUUUGCAAUGUUGUCAUGAAGAUUGUUACAAAGACCAUUGCUGAUAGAAUCAAGAAAAUACUCCCAGAUAUUAUAGAUGAAGAACAAAGUGCAUUUGUCAAAGGUAGAUUAAUCACAGAUAAUGCUUUGAUAGCUAUGGAGUGUUUUCAUUGGUUGAAGAAGAAGAAAAAGGGAAAGAAAGGAAUGAUGGCGCUAAAGCUUUAUAUGUCCAAAGCUUAUGACCGGAUAGAGUGGAACUUUAUUGUUGGAGUUUUGAAAUCCAUGGGCUUCCCGGAUACUAUGGUCCAACUAAUCUUUAGGUGUAUGUCCACAGUUUCCUAUCAGAUCCUCAUUAAUGGGCGCCCUAGCAGAAGCUUCUCUCCGGAGAGGGGCCUGUGUAAUGCCCUAUUUUAA